GGAUCUCAGAUAGUGAUAUCACCAAAUUUAACAAAGUAUUGGAUGCCAAUCGUCCAACAAGAUAUAAAGCCUAAAGUCGGCAUGUUGUUUUCAAACAUUGAUAUUGCAAAGAAAUUCUACAGAAACUACGGAGCAAAUGGUGGAUUUGAUGUGCGGACUUACACAACAAAACGGUUUAGAAGUGGAGUGAUAAAUAAACAGUAUAUGGUUUGCAAUAGACAAAGAUUUAAGCUAGAAAUCCCACAAAAUACUUCAAAGAGCAUGUCACAACUACCUUCUGAGUCAGGUGUGGUUCCACGACAACGUGUGUCGAAAAGG